AUGAGUGAAAUCGAAACAACAACACCAACACCACCAACACCAGUCGAGAAAAAGAAAAGAAACAAAGGGCAAUUUGUUUUUAAAGAGUAUAUAAUUAAUCAAGAACUUAGUAUUGGACAAAAAGUUGGUACAGAUGCACUUUUAGUAGCAGGAUAUACAUGUAUUUCAAAAUAUAAACCAUAUAAUUUAUUAAAAGGAAAUGAAAAUAGUAAAAAUAAUCAAUUAAAUAAAUUAGUAUUUGAAGAACCAGAUACACCAUAUGAUUAUAACCAAGGUAAAAAUCAUAAUGAAAUUAUAAACUAUGAUGAAGAGGAAGAAGGAAAUGAAAAUUGGCCAAAAUAUAUUUUAGAUAUUGGUACAGGUACAAAUGUCCUAAGUAUCAUGAUGGGACAAAGAUUUAGAAAAUCAAUUAUAAAUUCAAUUGAUAUCGAUGAUUCAGCAAUAGCUCAAGCUAAAAUUAAUAUAGAUACAAUCUUUAAACAAGGUAAAUCAAUAACUGAUAGAAAUUAUUUAUUUCAUACAGCAAUUCAAGAUUUUAAACCAAAUAAUUUCAUCAUUCCCACUAAUAAUGAUAAUAAGGAUGAUGAUAGUGUUAAUAAUGUUAUUUUAAAACAUGUUCAUGGUAUUGAUUUAGAAAAGAAUGAAAUUACAAUACCAUUAUUAUUAAAACAAGGUAAAUCAUAUACACCAUCAGUUGAUGGUUAUUAUGAUUUAAUUAUUAGUGCACCACCUUAUUUUCCAACUGAUCCAGUCAAUGAUUUAGUGGUUAGUAAUAUGCAAGAGAAUAGAAGAGUUGCAAGACAUACUCAUACUUUAACUAUGGAUGAUUUGGUACAAUCGGUUAAACGUUUAUUACGUCCUGAUAUUGGUUUAUUCACUACCAUAGUUUCUGUACCUGAUCCUGCAAUAGAUUUAGAAUUGGCUGCUCAAAAUCAUGGUUUCAUUUGUUUAGAAAUCAUUGAUGUUUCUGAUACUCCUCAAUCAAAAAUCAUUAGAAAAAUGUAUACUUUUAAAUUACCCUCAAUUUCAGUUAAUAAUCAAAAUAAUAAUAAUAAUAAUAAUAAUAAGAAUGAAAAUAAUAAAACAUUUACAUAUGGUGAAACUGUUAAAAGAAAUUUUGCAAUUUAUGAAACUUCAAUUAAAGAAUCAACAAUUAGAAAUCAUAGAAAACAUAGUAAUCAAUAUAAAUGGAUGUUGAAUGAUUUUUGUAACCACUUUUUAAAGGAGGAAUUUUUAACAAAAUAA